AUGUCCCUACUCCCCAGUGUGUCCCUACUCCCCAGUAACGCCCUACCCGUCAGUAACGCCCUACCCGCCAGUAUGUCCCUACUCCUCAGUAUGUCCCUACUCCUCACUGUGUCCCUACUCCCCAGUGUGUCCCUACUCCCCAGUAAGGACCUACCCGUCAGUAAGGCCCUACCCGUCAGUACGUCCCUACUCCUCAGUGUGUCCCUACUCCUCAGUGUGUCCCUACUCUCCAGUGUGUCCCUACUCUCCAGUGUGUUCCUACUCUCCAGUGUGUUCCUACUCCCAGAUCUGAGUUUCUGGUCCAACACCCAUGCUGGCCUUUGA